AUGUACGGAAGCAACCCAUUCACAGCACAAGAUGGAUGGAAUGCAGGUAACGGUCAGUCCACCUGGAAUACCAGCGUGCCCCCGCCGUCCGUCUUCGGCGCCCUCCCCUAUCCCUCUGUGUCCUCAGCACUUCCGGGCGCGGUCACACUCAAGUUCACGUCGUUGAGCCCUACGAUUUUGAACUGCAAGGUGAUCGGACCGCGUAACGAGACGUAUUUCCGCGUCGUAACAGAUGGGAGCCACACCGUGCUCAAGGACGCACAAAACUCGAAUAUUGCGCUGUUGGAGUGGCGGGACCACCCCACAGUCGAGAUGCGUUCUAUGGUCGCGAAACAGUCCAUGGGCUACUGGCUUAGACUCUCGACCGACAGGAGUCAUCGAUAUAUGGUCCACAACGGUGUUGCUUACUCCUGGAAUCCCCAUGGCAGAUUUCUGCAGCUAUCUAUUCCUGGCUCGUAUGACGUACUCGCUCGAGUCUCGAAAACAUACGAUGUUGUUAUGCUCGAAUUGACACCCCAAGCGAUCCAGCUUGGGCUCUUGGAGCUUAGCGUGCUGGCCACAAUACUAUUGCAGUGCGGGAAGAGUAUUGAUUGA